ACAGGCAGCAGAUAGCAACGGGGUGUGACAAACGACACGGCUGGCGUAAAUAUGAUUAAGUGAAUACAUAUUUGAUGCUAUUUUUAUGAGAACAAAAGUGUUUAAAGUAGAAUUAACGUAGUUUUGCAAACGGUAGCUGCCGUAUCGGGUUGUAGUCUGGUUUGACACCUGGAAAGUGUUAGCUUACGAUAAACCUUUUCAAGAUGUCUUUUCAAGAUUCAGCUCAUCCCUCUGAUGAAGAGGAGGCUUUCUACACGCAGUGCAGAGCCGCAUACCUGGCUGUGUUCAGGUCUAGUUUGACUCAUAUCGCUUCAAAACAGCAAUUAUGUCGUGCUCUCCAGCAGGCCGGCAGAAAUCCAUCCCAUGUAACUCUGAAUAAAUACUGGACCCCGAGGACAUCCAAACUCAACUUUGAUGACUUCUGUGAGAUCCUUAGGUGUGAGAGGAAGACGGAGGAAACGGAGCUGAUGAAAGCCUUCAAAAAGAUGGAUGUGAGCGGUGAUGGCUACAUCUCACACAAAGAACUUGAGACGGCUCUUACCACUAGUGGAGAGAAUAUGACCCCUGAAGAGGUGAACGCCAUUUUCUCAUUAGCUGACAUCAACAAAGACGGCAAACUGGACUAUGCAGAAUUCUGCAGAUUGCUUGUGUCUACAGUAGAGCAGUGUCAGACAGCUGCUUUGGAGAGGCUUGAGACUAACGCCAAGCUGAAGAGACAGAACUUUGGCAGUCAGUCAUACAGCCCUCCGAAGAGCUCCGUGUCAUCAGCAGCGACAUCAGGAUCAGCAGCAGCGGCAGUGACCCUCCCUCAGCCACCAGAAACUCCCAGAGCCGACUCAGACACAACACUCAAGAAAGACAGCCGAUCGUCAUCUCGUCCUUCUUCGGCUCGCAGCAGACGGUCGUCCCUGUCCAAUCCGACCACGCUGACAACCAGCAGCACUAAGGCUGGCAAAGUCCAAGAGCCCUCAGGCUUACAGGAGUGGCAUCAGAGUUCAGUGAAGGGCUGUUUCUUCGUGGAGGAUGAUGGGAGUAUCAGCUCUCUGCAGUACCAGCUCCACAUCCCGCAGACCACCAACGUCUACCUGACCAUCCAACCACUCAGCCUCAGCCACAGGCCUGACAAGCCCUCUCCGUGGAUGACAGUGGACACGGCCCUGUUCGUCAUGUCAGCUGGUGAAACCAAAGAGGAUUCAACUUUAGUGUGCUUCACUGAGUCCAAAGACAGAGAGAAAUAUAUUUGGAGAGGAGAGUUGAAUGCCGGGACUUAUUACCUGCUCCCCUUCACUAGUGGCUGCAAACUGAAGAAAAGAACUACAAAGAACCUCUCGAAUAAACCCGUGGAGCUCAUCUGCAGGACGGAUACUGGGGAACUAGAUCUCACCAGGGAGCUCAGGGAGGUGCUGUCUGACAUCUUUGAAGUGAUUGACACGGAUGGAAACUGUUUGCUCAGUCUGGAGGAGUACAAUUUCUUCGAGAUAAGGACCAGUGGAGAGAAAUGUGACAAAGAUGCCUGGGCUGUCUGCAAAGAGAACUUUGAUAUGAUAAAGAACCAGCUGACACGGCAGGGCUUCCUGGAACUGAACCUGAUGGAGGCCACGGAGAAAGACGGAGACCCUGCAGACCUGUGGGUCACCCUGGAGGCCAUGGGCUACAACCGAAUGUUGGAGCUAGAAGAGGCGUGUCCGUUCCAGAUAGACGUACACUGUGAAGGCACUCAGCCCGCCAUCCAGCCGCUCAGUUUGGACUCGGGGCCCAAGCUUCUGAACCAGGCCCUCCAGAAGUCCAUCACAGCCAGGAUCGGGGCCAAAGCACUGAGGGGCCAAGACAACGUCUUCAUCUACACCUGCAGAGGAGAACACAGGGUCUCCUCCCUCAUAGCCAACAAGAACAACCAGAAAGUGACCGUCCAUGUGAACAACGAGCAGAGCAGGAACUGCUGCAGCAGCAGAGGCAUGAGUGUGUUUGCUGUGGAGGUUCCAGCCAGGACUAAGAUGGUGUGCCAACAUGUUCUUCCCAUCAACGAUAAACAGGAUUGGACGUACAACUGCAUGGAGAGCAUAUUACCCUGCACGUAAGAGUAACAUCAACGACGGGCUUUAAAAAGGAUUCAAGAUGAACAGCAAUAGUUCUAAGUCCAUUUGGAGUGUAAAAAAUAGUUGCAACUGUUGGACUCAGUUAUUUUUACAGGACAUUUUUACAGUGACAGACGCUCAUUCAAAGCUAACAUAUUAGUUUAUUAAAGCUUCAUUUGUCAGACUGUAACACCUGGAGAUUAAACCCUCUGCCCCAGGCUCAGAUGAAAGAAGUAGAGAAUGGUAUGAAGUACAUCUGAUAUUUGUUGUUGCUGCUUUUGUGCCUUUGUAAAUGUGACACGUCAAAAUUCCUUCAACAAAAAACAAUAAAAUGUAUUCAUAUUUAUCCUGUUACUGAAGGCUAUUGUCACUGUUAAUGCCUGGACAGUACGUUUAACAGUCUACUCGUAUGUCUAAAACUGUGCGAUGUUCAACCAAAUUAAAUAGCUUAAUACUUCUGUCAUUCAUUUGAAUAAAGUUUCUUUUAACAUGUUU